AUGGGAUACUACUUAGCUCUGAAGCCGGCAGCUAGUGACCUGGGGCCUGAUGUAGGCUAUGAGUCCAUUGGGAUAGUAGAGAGUAACCUUCCAAGUGUUGGAGUGUUUGCCAAAGCCACUGCUAAGAACACCCCCAAAGCUGCCACAGAGAAGUCAGAGACUGAGGGGAUGACCAGUAGCCCUGUAGCCUCUUCCACCUGUGCACCCCCUCCAAUACCCCAGCAGAAGGACGACUACGGGAAAGGAGUGAACUUCUAUCUCCGAGACAAAGUGGUGGUAGGCACAAAGUGGUGGUCGGCAUUAUCCUGUGGAACGUGUUCAACAGAAUGCCCGUCGCAAGGAAAGCCUGGGUCCUGUAAGGAGAUUAAGCUACCUAGCAGGGUAGGGAAGGCCCCUUCCCCAUCUGACUUCCUGGAUAAACUUAUGGGAAGGACAUCUGGGUAUGACGCCCGCAUUAGACCCAACUUCAAAGGUCCUCCUGUGAACGUCACCAUUAACCUCUUCAUCAACAGCUUUGGAUCCAUCACAGAAACCACAAUGGAUUAUCGUCUCAAUGUGUUUCUACGUCAACAAUGGAACGACCCGCGACUGGCCUAUAAGGAGUACCCUGAUGACUCUCUGGACCUGGAUCCUUCCAUGUUGGACUCCAUCUGGAAACCUGACCUUUUCUUUGCCAAUGAAAAGGGGGCAAACUUUCACGAAGUCACCACAGACAACAAACUGCUGCGGAUAUUUCAAGAUGGGAAUGUCCUCUACAGUAUCAGGUUAACUCUGAUCCUGUCCUGCCCCAUGGAUCUGAUGAAUUUCCCCAUGGACAUUCAGACAUGCUCUAUGCAGCUGGAAAGCUUUGGCUACACCAUGAAUGACCUGUGUUUCCAGUGGCUGGACAUUGGUCCUGUCCAGGUGGCUGAUGACCUGAUGCUUCCUCAGUUUGUGUUGAAAGAGGAGAAAGACUUGGGCUACUGCACCAAGCACUACAACACAGGUAAAUUUGCCUGCAUCGAGGUAAAGUUCCACCUGGAGAGACAGAUGGGCUACUACCUGAUCCAGAUGUACAUCCCCAGCCUGCUAACCGUUAUCCUCUCCUGGGUCUCCUUCUGGAUCAACAUGGACGCCGCCCCGGCUAGAGUGGGCCUUGGUAUCACCACAGUGCUCACCAUGACAACCCAAAGCUCUGGGUCCAGGGCAUCCCUGCCUAAGGUGUCUUAUGUGAAGGCCAUUGAUAUCUGGAUGGCUGUGUGUCUUCUUUUUGUGUUCGCUGCACUGCUGGAAUAUGCAGCAGUAAACUUUGUUUCACGGCAACACAAAGAGUUCUUCAGACUGAGGAAAAGGAUCAAAGAACAACAGCGGCAGAGAACUGUGAGUACAAGAAGUGGAAGUGGGAAGAGCAGCCAAGUGAAAGGUAACAACUUGCCAGGCAACAACUCCUCCCAGGGGACCCUGCCUGGCCCUCAGCAGUGCAGCGUCUGUGCCAGGGAGCAGGAGCUGGUGGAGCAGAGCCAGGCCUAUUUUCUCCAUAGUUAUGGAGUAGCAGGCGAUGCACCACCAGAGAUGGAUGCCCCAAUCUUUCAGGCCUUACCUCAUGGGUUCCCACUGUAUGACAUCCGCAGGCAGUUUGUAGAUCGGGCAAAAAGGAUCGACACCAUAUCUAGGGCUGUGUUCCCUCUGAGUUUCCUCUGCUUCAAUGUUUUCUAUUGGCUCACCUACAAAGUGCUGCGGAAUGAAGCCAUCCGAGCUACUCUGUGACAAACCAACAUGAGGACUGAAUUACAGCACUAAAAACCAAUAUGGAGUUGAACCUAGUCUUCCACAGAACUCUUUUACAGACAAUGUAAAAUCCAUUCGCUGUGCCAAUGGAAAAAUAAUUGACUGCAUGUCCAGUUCCAUUCAUUUUUUCACUAAAGUUAGCAAACCUGAUGUAGUCCAAGUGUCAUCCUUAAGGGGGCAAUCUGCAGUUUAUAUAAUAACAAAGUUUCACCCCACCACUGAUUUGGUAAACAACCAUGGGAUUGGGCUGGAGAAAUAUAACCACUCAAAUGUGUAGACCGCUCUGGAUGCAAUUAAUGACCCUCCAAGAAACUUAAGAAUGUUUUUAGGCUAGUGCUUUAAGAAUCAAAUGUGUAGAUAUAAAUUAAGUCCAAAUGCAUAUUGCCCCUUUAACUUUCUAUUUUUUACAAUUCCAGUCGAAUGCACUAAUUAGCACAAAUAUUGUAGUCCUUGUACUAUGGACACUUAAUGUCACCCUCAUGGAGCAAGCACAAGCCCAGAUAUUGAGGCAGGACUGCAUGGAAAUGUUGGAUUCCCCUCCUCCCCGGAAUUGUAUUUUGUACUCGUUUCUGGCAAAUUGUUAAUAAAUCCCUACAAAUGAUUUCAACCUAAUAUGGAAUACUAUGUAAUGGGACAGUACUAUUGGUACAUGAAUCAACAGAAGUGAAUGCUGGACAUUUUGAAUUGUCUAGUUAGGCGAUGUCCUUCGUUAAUUGUCAGCCUUUUCUUUAUGCACCUUGUCUUGGAUGUUUCUUUAAAUGUCAAUGGCUAGCGUAAAAAUGAAUAAUUUGUUUAAAUAUAAAACCAUGGCUGUUGUCACCACUACAAAUUCAUGCAGAUGUCCCAAUGUUUCU